AUGGGUGGCAAAAAAGGUGAGACCAAAAAGACCGCUGAGAAGGGUGGCAAUGCCAAGAAGGGCAAGGACGAGGUCAAGGGGGGAAAGAGCAAUGCCAAAGGGGGGAAAGGGAAGGAAGUGGCAAAGGGGAAAGGGAAGGAUGAGAAGAAGGGGAAGGAUGCCAAGAAGGGGAAGAAGGAGGUUCUCAGUGAGUCGGAGGAGGCCUCGGACUCUGAACUAACGAAGAGCAAUGCCGAGGAAGACAGUGAUGAGGAGAGUGAGAUGGUGGAGGAGGAGGAGGAGGACGAAGAUGAGGACAGUGAGGAAGACCCUAAGAAAAAGAAAGGGAAGGACAAAAAGGAGGCCUCCAAAGCCAUGGCUGGUAAGAAGCAGGGGAAAGGGAAAAAGGUGCUGUCGGAAGAGGAGGAGGAAGAGGAGGAGGAGGAAGAUUAUUCUGCAAAGAAAAAGAAGAAGGACCUGCACCUCAAAGGUGCCUCCCACCUGGUGAUGGGGCUGGCGGGCGAUGAUGCCAAGAAGAAGAAGGGGGCAAAGAAGGAGCAUGCCAAGGCUCAGCUGAAAGGGGCUACCAAGGCAAUGGCUGGUCUAGCUAGGAGGGAAGUGGAACCGCCCAAGUCCAAAAUGAAGAAGAGCCUGAAGAGUGCAUCCAAGCUCUUCAUGGGCUUCAAGAGGCUAGGCCUGAAGCGCUCCAAGAAGGGCCAGUUCAAGAACACCUCCCGGUUUUUCUGGGGGCUGAAUAAAUACAGCACGAAGAAGAAGAUGAAGAAGAAGAACAAGGCAGUGCUGAAAUCCACCUCCAACCUCAUGAUGCGCUUCAAGAGUAUAGGGAAGAAGAAGAAGAAAAAGGAGGCCAGUGGCAACCCGAAAAAGCCCUCUUUCCUGCUGAUACGGCUGGGAUUGGGCGGCGAGAAACCUAAGGAGGAGGGUGGGUUCUUAAGCAGCCUCUUCCGCCGGAGGAGAACGAAAGAGAAAUUCAAACCCCGGGCUCAGAUCCUGAGCAAAGCUGCUGCCGCCACCAGCUGGCUGACAAGAAAGUUCCUGUCCAAACGGGCCAGGCUUACCUACAAUGAGAGGUCCAUGAAUGAGGCCUGGCUGUCUAGGAUUGGAGCUAAGAAACUCCCCUUCCCGUCAGAGGACGAGAUUCUGAGGCACCGAGCCAACAUGAAAAGGUUCUCUGGAGCCAGGAGGCUCUAUGGUCAAGGGGAAGAGGAAUAUGGCUACCAGCCAAAUUUUGAACAUGGCGGCCUUGUGAGGCAGCCCUCUGGGAGGUUCUCACAGCGCAGGCCAAGCGGGUAUGAGGGCCCUGUAGUCCCACUGGACUAUUACAACUGUUACCAGGAUGACAGCAGCUUUUACGACCCGCAGGCCCCAGCUCAGUAUGGCUACCCUGAGGAGGAAAGCUACCUCCAGGCACCAACUGACUAUGCAGACGGACACGACUUUCAUAACAGAAGGGUAUCUGAUUACGAGGACGACCCUGGAUAUGAUAUGGAAGAAGAAUAUGAGCUUUAUGAAGAGCCCAUGGACUACUACGAUGAUCCACUGCCAAACCAGUCUGACUACUACGACUAUGAAGACCAGGAUUAUGAGUCACCUUCCGGCUAUUCACCAUAUGAACCCUAUGACCAAUACAGGAGCGAUAUGGAUUACUACGAAGAGCAAACAGGGCCAUACAGCUCUUUUGAAGACAGAUAUGGUCCUUCUGGAGGGCCCGACAACCUGAGGGUAGAUGAAAUGGGCUAUCUGGAUGAUUAUUCCCCUCAGCAUGAAAUCAGUUACAGCGAAUACGAAUGGGACCCUCCAGCUCAGUCUUCCUAUAACCCUUAUGCGUAUCCCUUGGACGAUAUAACGGAGAUGGAUGAGCCAGAGGAGUUGGCGGAUGAGAAUGGAGAUUACCCUUUUAUGCUCCCUAAUUCUUCCUUCUUUGAGCAGCAGGGGAUCGAGGAAACGUUGCCUUCUAAACUGUCGUUAAACAGGAAGUUCAGGCUCUUCCCCAGGCCUCAGGUGAAGCUAUUUGGCAGAGACAAACUUGAUGUUCCCCUCCCUCCUUCUCCGCAUAUUUCCCUUGCCGGCGUAGAUCAAGAUGAGGAUGACUACGGUGAAUACGAGCCGCUGGCGCCUCCCUUUGCCCAGUUCAGUGUUGGGGAUCCCCAACCCUCAGUGACAUACGGCCGUGUUGGCCAGGAUCAUGGCAGCCGGCUUCCAAGGCCUCACUCUCCAAAGUCAAUGGGAAGCAGGUUUGACCCUGGUGGCCAGCAAGGCAAUGUCCAGGGGGCGCAUUUGCAAAGCUUCUCUCCGCGAGGAUGUGGGAGCCCCCUAGGGCAGUUCUUACAAAGAUCCCUCACGCAACCAAAACCCAUUUUAAAACACCGUGGGAGCGAGAAAUCACAUGACCGGCAUCCAUUUAUUGAGCCGUCCUAUAAAAAGUUUGGCCAUAAAUUAGCAGGGAUGGAGACCUUAGAGUCGGCACCUCUCUUGCCUAUGAGGAAAUUCGAUUACACAGAAGCAUGCAGCAGACCAGCAAAACUCCCAGCUGAGCUCUUUGAGAACGAGGACAUGUCAGGGGAGGACGGCGUGGGGAGGUACGCCGUUGUCAUGCCACAGGUCCAGAGGCUGGGCACCUUCAGAAGGAUGUCCUACAUGCACAAGCAGCACUGGUCUAAGCAGCAGAUGGUGAACGUCCGUGCGUCACCCAGCCCGUGGUCUUCUGAGAAACUGCUUCAUAACCCUCCCACUGAGAGCCUGAACAGGUGGUCGGGCCGGAGAGGAGACAGCACUGCUGGGUACCUGACCCACCGAUCCUCAGUGCAGAACCGGGGUGAUGGGAACCACUGGGAGCGUGGGAACAUGGGCAAAAAACCGCCCUGGCACGAUAAGAUGCACUCCAUCCACAACCUGCCGUCCAGGAGCCCCCGAGAAGAGCCGAAGGAAGAUGGCGUGGAGGACAUGACCCAGCUGCAGGACCUCCAGGAGGGGGCAGUGCUGCAGAACAUCAAGACGAGGUUUGACCGUGAGUUAAUCUAUACCUACAUAGGCAGCAUCUUAGUGUCCGUGAACCCCUACAAAAUGUACAACAUCUACGGGACGGAGCAGGUGCUGCAGUAUGAAGGAAGGGCGCUGGGAGAGAAUCCCCCGCACCUUUUUGCUAUUGCAAACGUCGCCUAUACCAAAAUGAUGGAUGCCAAACACAACCAGUGUAUUAUCAUCAGUGGCGAAAGUGGUUCAGGCAAAACGGAAGCCACCAAGCUGGUCCUGCGUUACCUGGCAGCGGUCAAUCAGAAACGCAACGUGAUGCAGCAGAUAGAGAUCCUCGAAGCGACCCCCCUGCUGGAAUCCUUCGGAAAUGCCAAAACAGUGAGGAACGACAACUCCAGCAGGUUUGGGAAAUUUGUGGAAAUCUUUCUGGAGGAAGGCUUGAUCUGUGGUGCCAUAACCUCACAGUACCUUCUUGAGAAAUCAAGGAUCGUGUUUCAGGCCAAAAACGAAAGGAACUAUCACAUAUUCUAUGAGAUGCUGGCUGGCCUGCCUGCUCAGCAGAAGCAGCAAUUCUGCCUUCAAGAUGCAGAAACGUACUAUUACCUGAACCAGGGGGGUAACUGCGAGAUUCCUGGCAAGAGUGAUGCUGAGGAUUUCCGGAGGUUGCUCAGCGCCAUGGAGAUCCUGAACUUCAGCACCGAGGACCAGAACAGCAUCUUCCGAAUUCUGUCUUCCAUCCUCCACCUGGGGAACGUCUACUUUGAAAAAUAUGAGACAGACUGCCAGGAGGUCGCAUCGGUGGUGAGUGCAAGAGAGAUCCGUGCGGUAGCCGAGCUGCUCCAGAUCUCUCCAGAGGGGCUGCAGAAGGCCAUCACGUUCAAAGUGACGGAAACGCUGAGGGAGAAGAUUUUCACCCCCCUCACUGUGGAAAGUGCCGUUGAUGCCAGAGAUGCCAUUGCCAAGAUCCUGUACUCCCUGCUCUUUAGCUGGCUCACGGACAGGAUUAACAAGCUGGUCUACCCUAAAAAGGAGGCUCUUUCGAUAGCCAUUCUGGAUAUCUAUGGGUUCGAGGACCUCAGCUUUAACAGCUUCGAGCAGCUAUGUAUCAAUUAUGCAAACGAAUAUCUGCAAUUCUUCUUCAACAAGAUCGUCUUUAAGGAGGAGCAGGAGGAGUACGUCCGGGAACAGAUAGAGUGGAAAGAAAUCACCUUCAGCGACAACCAGCCCUGCAUCGAUCUCAUUGCUCAAAAGCCACAUGGGAUUCUGAGGAUCCUGGAUGAUCAGAGCGCCUUCCCUCAGGCCACAGACCAUACCUUCCUCCAGAAGUGUCAUUACCACCACGGCUCCAAUGCAUUAUACACCAAACCAAAGAUGCCUCUCCCAGAGUUCACCAUCAAACACUUUGCUGGCAAAGUAACCUACCAGGUGCACAAGUUCCUGGAUAAAAACUAUGAUCAAGUUCGCCAGGACGUUCUGGACCUUUUUGUCAACAGCAAAACCAAAGUGGUGGCCAACCUCUUCUUCAGCCAUGCCCAGUUGGUGGCCCAGCAGAGGACCAUGAUGGGGAAGAACAGCACAGUCACCCGGCGGUAUAAAGCACCGACGGUGGCAGCUAAGUUCCAGCAGUCACUCCUGGACUUGGUGGAGAAGAUGGAGAGGUGCAACCCGUUCUUCGUCCGCUGCCUCAAACCCAACAACAAGAAGGAGCCAGCUGUCUUCGAGGCGGACAUUGUCAGCAGCCAGCUCCGGUACUCUGGAAUCCUCGAGACCAUCCGCAUCCGCAAAGAGGGCUUCCCGGUUCGCAUCCCCUUCCAGAUCUUCAUCGACAGGUACAGGUGCCUCAUAGAUAUCCGGCCUGGCAUCACCCCAGAUGGUGUGAGCUGCGUGGAGGUGCUGAAGAAGCUGUGUGCUGUGAGUCCCACCAUGUACUGCAUUGGAGUCAGCAAGCUGUUCGUGAAGGAGCACCUGUACCAGCUGCUGGAGAGCAAGCGGGACCGUGCCCUGCACCGGGCAGCGCUCACCCUGCAGCACUACGCCCGUGCCUUCUUCAUCAAGAAACGCUUCCGCUCGCUGCGCCGCAAGAUCAUCCUCCUCCAAAGCCAGUCCCGGGGCUACCUGGCCAGGCAGAGGUACAAGCAGCUGAGGAAGAGUCUGAUCAAGUUCAGGUCCCUGGUGCACAUGUACGUGAAUCGCAGGAGGUACCUCAAGGUGAGAGCAAGCGGCUGGCGCGGUGGAAUGGCAGGGGAGGGGAUGGGAGGGAAGGGGGAGCUGACCAGGAGGGAGGUGGUGGAUGUAACGCACCUGGAAGUCCCCGCUGAGCUAGCGGGGCUGCUGGAGCUGGCGGCAGCUCACAAGCCGGUGAAUGCUCAGUGCGUCGUUCUGGUCCUUGCGCCCAAACUGCAAACGGACUCCCGGCUCACCCUGCCACUCGACAUCAACAACUACCCCAUGGCCAAGUACGUGCGGGUCCACUUCCAGGAGCCGUCGUUCGGGAUGCUCACCGCGCCACUGGCGUCCCCGCUGACCCAGCUGGAGGAGGAGCUGGUGCAGGAAGCGCUCAGUCUGUUCAAGCUGAUUCUGCGCUUCAUGGGUGACCCGCACCUCGGCAGCACCCCGGAGAGCCUGUUUGGGAACUACAUCGUGCAGAAGGGGCUCUGGGCACCGGGCCUACGGGACGAGAUCCUGGCUCAGAUCGCUAACCAGGUGUGGCGCAACACCAACGUCAACAACGAGGAGCGGGGCUGGCUCCUCCUGGCCGCCUGCCUCAGCGGCUUUGCCCCCUCCGCCGGCCUGGAGAAACACCUGCUCAAGUUUGUUUCCGACUACGCCUUUGAUGGCUACAAGCCGGUGUGCCAGCACAAGCUGAUGCAGGCCAUGCUGAGGUCCCAACUUGGCCCCGAGGCGGCCCGGGCCUACCCACCAUCGCUGCUUGAGUGGACAGCCAACAGGCAGAGAGCAAGCAUGGCCUUGGACGUCUACUGCUUCAAUGGUGACUACUUCUCCUGCCCCAUCCAUUCCUGGAGCACAGGGGAGGAGCUGGCAGGGGACGUGCUGAAGCACAGGGGGCUGACGGAAGGCUGGAGGGGCUGGUCCAUCUCCAUGAAGGAUGGCGCCCAGUGGGCCGAGCUGGCUGGCCACGAUUACAUCCUGGACCUCGUUUCCGACCUGGAGCUGCCCAGGGGCUUCCCCAAGCAGAAAUCUUAUUUCAUCGUCGCUUCAGAGGGGGUGGACAAGGGCAGCAGCGCCGCCAGCACAGUAUUCAGACAAGGCUUGGAUUCGGACGAGGAAGUCCCUCCUCCUCCACUCACAAAGGCCCCCACUCUGCCGCCUCCAAACACCCCUGACUCAGAUGGAUAUUACAGUCGUGCAGAUUCCGACACCGUCAGCGAAGCUCGAACACACAAGGGGUUGGAUCGUUACCUGGACAGUCUGUUUGACCCGGUCCUGUCCUAUGGGAAUGGGGACUUGGAGAAGCCGGCUGCUGUCUCCCGAAAGAUGAAAGGAGGAGGCCGAGUAGGAGGUGGGGGCAGCAAUGUGGACCAAGGCAGUGCCAGAGCACCCAUGGAGAUGCCCCAGCAGACUGGUUUGCAGGAGCCCAGCUUGCUGCUGCAGCGCGACCACAUCAAGCAGCAGGCCCUGCUCCGGGCUCGUCAGAUCACCAGGCAGGCGACGGCUCUGCAGCAGCAGCCCCUGAGCUCCGCUCUGCGCUCUAAGCUGAAGGGGCUCCGUUUCGUUUCCUGCCCCCCGCUGUUGGGUGAGAACAGCUGUGAGCGGGACACCAGCCAGGACGGCGGCCUUCUUGCAGAAAGCCGGCUGCGGGCCGGCGAGCUGGUGCGCCCGGCCAAGCUGAGUUCGCAGCACUUCCCCGAGCCCACACAGCACAUUAAGAACAUCAUUAAGCAGUGCCAGCGGCCCGCCAGGCUCCCCGAGCCCAUCAGGAAGGAAGGUGGGAAGGUCUUUGUGAAGAAGAUGGAUCCCCAUGAGGAGGCCAUGAUGAUCUUAAAGGGGCAGAUGUCAGUGGCGCCGGGCCCCCCAACAGCCGUGGCCAAGGAAGCAAGAGCCAUGGUGAAACCUGUUACCAGCACCAAGAGGCCUUCGCCGCCAUCACCAGCCGCCGUUCCCUCACCGGCUCUCCCGGCUGAGUGCGAGCAGGUCCAGACGCGGCUGCACCGGUGCUGCAGCGAGGAGUUCUACGCCUACCGCAACGUGUCCUGGAAGAUAUACAUCCGGAAAGAGGUGUUCUAUCCAAAGGAUAACUUCAACAACCCUUUGUUGCUGGAUCUCAUUUUCAGACAGAUCUUCCACGACACGCUCUCUGACGCCUGCCUCAGGAUCACCCCGGAGGAGCGGCUGCGCAUGAGAUCCCUCUUCGCAGAAAACAAGCUGGACUCAUUCAGCCCGGUGGCCGAUGACAGCGUUAAGAAGGAGAUUGUGAUUGCAGCCCGGGAUGGCUGGGAGGUUUACUUCGCACGCCUCUUCCCCGCCACGGGCAGCGUUGGCACGGGGGUGCAGAUCCUGGCAGUGUCCCACACGGGGAUUAAACUGCUGCGGCUGGUCAAGGGCACCAACGUGUCAGGGGAGCAGCUACGGGUGCUGCGGGGCUACAGCUACACCGAUAUCCUGUUCGUGACCAUCCCCUCCAAGCAGAUGCUGGAGUUCAACCUGACGAACGAGAAGCUCAUCCUCUUCUCCCCCAAAGCCCCCCAGGUGAAGGCCAUGAUCGACUAUUUCAUCACGGAGCUCAAGAAGGACUCGCAGUACGUGGUUGCCGUGAAGAGCUACGUUACAGACGACAGGAGCCUGUUGAGCUUCCACAAGGGGGACAUCAUCCACCUGCAGCCGCUGGAGCAGCCUGAAAGAGACCACUGGCACGGAUGUGUGGUCCGCAAGAAGGUGACGUACCUGGAGGAGCUGAAGAGGGGCACCCAGGACUUUGGGUGGAAAUUCGGUGCCAUCCACGGGAGGUCGGGGCGCUUCCCCGCCGAGUACGUCCAGCCUGUGGCAGCCCCAGAUUUUAUCCAUCUGCCAGCGGACAGGAAAGAGGAGCCCAAGAACAAGCAGGGCAAGGUGGCGGCCUCGGCGGCUGUGGCAGUGGCCGUGGCCUCCACGGCCGUGGCUCAGGAGCUGGACAGGAAGAUUGAGGUGUCCCCUGUGGGCAGUGACUAUGCGGAGAGCGUGGAGGAGUAUGGCGGCGAGCUUCCUGGGGACAGUGCCCUGCAGGGCGGGCAGUUCCCCAUGCAGGAGUUUGCCAAGAAGUAUUUCCGGGAGGCGCAGAGGACGAAGACGGAUUCCUGCAAGCAGAAAUCCUGGAAAGGGAAGGACUCGCCGGACGUAGUGGAGAUGCUGAAAUUCACCAAGUGCCCGCUCCAGGAGUCGCUGAUCGAAUUCCCCGACAGCUGCCUGAACAGAGCCGCAGCCGAGGCCUUCCAAGCCGUGAUGAAGUUCAUGGGCGACUGGCCUCUCAAGGGGCAGACGGAGCUGGACGUCGUCUGUGCUGUGCUCAAGCUGUGCGCUGACCAGGAGGUCAUGAGGGAUGAAGUGUAUUGCCAGAUCGUCAAGCAGACCACGGACAACACCAGCCCCAAGAUGGACAGCUGUCAGAAGGGAUGGCGGCUGCUCUAUAUCCUGACCGCCUACUACAAGUGCUCUGAGGUCCUGAAGCCCUACCUGCUGUGGCACCUCCAGGAGACCUGCAGGAGACCUGGGGCGCAGUUCCAAGGGAUCGCGAAGGCCUGCGAGCAGAACCUCAGGAAGACCUUCCAGUUUGGUGGCCGGCGUGAAUUUCCCAGCAGCAUGGAGCUCAAAGCCAUGGUGGCCGGCCGUAGCGCGAAACGCCAGCUGUUUCUCCUGCCGGGAGGGAUCGAGAGGCACCUGAAGAUCAAAACGUGCUCGGUUGCGCUGGACGUGAUCGAGGAGAUGUGCUAUGAAAUGGGGCUGCAUCGGCCCGAGGCCUUUGACGAAUACGUCAUCUUUGCCGUUACCAACGGAGGUCAGAAUGUCCGCCCCUUGAGCAGACGAGAGUAUAUCCUUGACGUGGCCACGGAGAUGGAGCAAGUGGACAACAGCUACAUGUUCUGGUACCGGCGCGUCAUCUGGACCCAGCCGCUGAAAUUUGACAACGAGCUGUAUGUCACCAUGCACUAUAACCAGGUCCUGCCCGAUUACCUCAAGGGGCUUUUCAACAUCCUACCGCCCCUGCAACCCAGCGAACAGCAGUGCCAGCAGGUCUCCAAACUGGCAGCCCUCCAGCACCGGGCCAAGGACAGCAUGUACCUGCCCACCGUCCACGAGGUGCAGGGUUACGUCCCGCCCCAGUUCUGCCGAGCGCUGAAGGCUCAGUCGUGGCUCAAUGUGGUGCUGCAGCGUAUGCCGCAGGUCCAGGCCCUGAGCGCCCAUCAGGCCAGAGCUCAGUUCCUAGGGCUCCUGAGCGCCUUCCCCACGUUCGGCUCUUCCUUCUUCUACAUCCAGAGCUGCAGUAACAACGCCAUCGUCUCGCCGUGCAUCCUGGCCGUCAACCAGAACGGCCUCCACUUCCUCAACAAGGACACCCACGAGCUGGUGGUGAAGUUCUCGCUGAAGGAGAUUCAGUCCACGAGGACCCAGCGGCCCACGGCCGGCUCCAGCUACCCCUACGUGGAGAUCAUGCUGGGAGACUUGAUGUCACAGAGGAUGACGCAGCUGCAGCUGGAGCAGGGCCUAGAGUUGUGCCGUGUGAUCGCCACCCACAUGGAAAGUCUGUUGUACGCUCGCGAGAAGAGACUCACCCUCCCUCCCAGUGAGAUUACGUUGCUCUGA